AUGGAGUCAACCGAAUUAUCGAGAAUUUCAAAGACGAUAACCAACAAACAUUCGUUUCAAAUAGGAGCAGAUUUUAUCUUAUACGUUUUGCGUCGAGUUUUAAGGGACAACGAGAUUAGAUUAUUGAAUUACAGAUACAAAAAAUGCAACACAGAAUAUUCAUCGUUGAGUAAUCUUUAUCUAUGCAUUGUUAAAUUUGAUAACAAACAUUGGGGAAGUAACGAAUACCAUGGCGAAUUUAUCGUUAAAAUCGAACCAAGUGACAGACCAAUAGCAUUGCAAAUUUAUAAACAAGAAAAAUUAUUCGAAACCGAAAUGUUCAUGUAUUUGAUAGCAUUGGAAAAGAUGUAUCGUUUGACUGGGGAAAGAUUAGCACCGAAAUUGAUUUAUUGUUCUAACAAUACAAAAACAUUGGUCAUGGAUAGUUUAAGUUUUCAUGGGUAUCGUAUGAUGGAUCGUCGGAAUGGUUUGCCCAAGGAUUAUUGCAAUUUAGUUAUGAGAAAAUUAGCCAUUUUUCAUGCAGCAUCCGUGGCCGUUUGCGAAAAGAAUCCGGAAUGGCCUACCAUGUUGCACGGUGGAAUACUCGCCAAUCCUUUGGACAGUUUUUUAAGAUUAUGCGAAAACAGCAUAUACAAUGUAAGUCGUGAGAUACGUGCAUGGGGUCAAGAAUAUUCUAUUACGGCAGAUAAAAUAGACAAAUUUGUUAGUGAAAUAAGAACGAAAGUAAAGAAAAUUUACGAUUACGAUUUCGACGAAUUUUGCGUUAUCAAUCAUGGUGAUUUGUGUAUUGAUAAUGUCUUGUUCUCUCAUUUCUUCAACACUGACCAACCAAGCGACGUUUUAUUCGUAGAUUUUCAAAGAUCCUGUUACACCUCACCGGCCAUAGAUUUAAUUCAUUUUUUCAACACCUGUCCGGAAAUAGAAUUCAAGUACAAGAAGGAGUAUCAUUUUUUGUCAAAUUAUUUAAACAUUCUUACAUAUGCCAUGGGGGUUUUUCAUUGCAAUACCAGACCACCGACAUUGGCUGAAAUAGAAAAGGCUAUGGAAAAAAGACGACUUUAUAUAAUUAUAGUUGGAUUGGUGUUGUAUCCGCGUAUGGUGGUUAGGCAUAACAAUCAUGAGAGUUGGGAACAUGUGUUGGGUACUUUAAAUGGUGAUACUGAAUUGGACGUUUUCAAAGAACCACUUGCGGUCGAAUCUAUUCGUAGGUUUAUCAAAUUUAUGGAACUUAAAGGUAUUUUGGAUUGAUUAGUGAUCAUCGUAAUUUAUCAGGUAAUUCAUUCGUGAUAUAUAGAUAUAUGUAUUUUUGAAUAAAACUAAAGCACAGAUAUGGUCUAUCAAAAUUCUUAAACAUAUUUAA